CAUGCUAACCUAGAGGCAAUGGAUGAAUCCGCUGAAUGGAGAAUGAAAUACGACACGGAAUUGGCGAAAACCAGGGACCUGCAAGAUGAACUUUUAAAGGUCAAGACCUCACUGUCUGAUUCAACCAAGAGAUUUGAAGAGUUACAAAAGGAUAAUGAGAUGUUGAAGAGGCAGACUGAAUCCAUGAAACUGGAGUGCAAUUGCACCAUUCCAUUGAAUAUUACUCAGGAAUAAGUACAUUUCACUGGCAGAUUAGCACUAGUUUUCCUUCUCAUUUUUCAUAUUAUUGGUGUGAGGACAGAUAGAAUGAGCAGCUUUGUAAUAGUAGAUAUGGCGACUGCAGCAAAGAUACUUGUGUUUGCAAUUUUUAAUGACCUAUACACCCGGGCACAAUUUUUGAAGUAAUCACUUGUGAGUAGCAAUGCAUAAGUGUGUUUUCAGUGUACAUUUUUGAAGAGAAGUUUUGUGCUGGAUUUGAGAAAAUUGCUUGUCAGCUGUACA